UCGAAACGUGUCAACCGCUUCCGUUCUCUCGCUCUCGCCGAUUCAAAAAAAAAAAAAACUUUUUGAUUGUUUUGAGUUCGAAUUUGGUGGUGAUCGGAAUCCAUGGCAGACGUGCGCAUGGGAAAGACCGAGACCUUUGCUUUCCAGGCUGAGAUUAACCAGCUUCUUAGCCUGAUCAUCAACACCUUCUACAGCAACAAGGAGAUUUUCCUUCGUGAGCUCAUCAGCAAUGCUUCUGAUGCGUUGGAUAAAAUCAGGUUUGAGAGCUUAACGGACAAGAGCAAGCUCGAUUCGCAGCCCGAGCUUUUUAUCAGGAUUGUCCCUGACAAGGCUAACAAGACUCUCUCCAUCAUUGACAGUGGUAUUGGCAUGACUAAAGCAGAUUUGGUGAACAAUCUGGGUACAAUUGCGAGGUCCGGUACCAAGGAGUUCAUGGAGGCAUUGCAGGCUGGUGCUGAUGUGAGCAUGAUUGGUCAGUUUGGUGUUGGGUUUUACUCGGCUUACUUGGUUGCUGAGAAAGUUAUUGUGACAACCAAGCACAAUGACGACGAGCAAUAUGCGUGGGAGUCGCAGGCUGGUGGGUCUUUCACGGUAACUAGAGAUGUAAAUGGUGAGCCACUGGGGAGAGGAACUAAGAUCACUCUCUUCCUUAAGGAUGACCAGUUGGAAUACUUGGAGGAAAGAAGAUUGAAGGACCUUGUGAAAAAGCACUCCGAGUUUAUAAGCUAUCCCAUUUACCUUUGGACCGAGAAGACCACCGAGAAGGAAAUCAGUGAUGAUGAGAAUGAAGAAAUGAAGGAAGAGGACGGAGAUGUCGAGGAAGUCGAUGAGGAGAAAGAGAAGAAUUCAAAGAAAAAGAAGGUUAAGGAGGUGAGCCACGAGUGGCAACUAAUCAACAAGCAGAAACCAAUUUGGCUGAGGAAACCUGAGGAGAUCACAAGGGAGGAGUACGCGUCCUUCUACAAGAGUCUUACCAAUGACUGGGAGGACCACCUUGCAGUUAAGCACUUCUCCGUUGAAGGGCAGCUCGAAUUCAAGGCUAUCCUUUUUGUUCCCAGGAGGGCCCCAUUUGAUCUGUUUGACACCAGAAAGAAGAUGAACAACAUCAAGCUCUAUGUCCGCAGAGUGUUAAUAAUGGACAAUUGUGAGGAGCUCAUUCCGGAGUACCUCGGAUUCGUGAAAGGUGUUGUAGAUUCUGAUGAUCUGCCACUUAACAUCUCUCGUGAAAUGCUGCAACAAAACAAGAUUCGCAAGGUUAUCAGGAAGAAUCUCGUCAAGAAAUGCAUUGAGAUGUUUAACGAGAUUGCCGAGAACAAAGAGGACUAUGCUAAGUUCUAUGAUGCGUUCUCCAAGAAUAUAAAGUUGGGUAUCCAUGAAGACAGUCAGAACAGGGCCAAGUUGGCUGACCUGCUAAGGUACAACUCAACCAAGAGCGGCGACGAGAUGACCAGCCUGAAGGAUUACGUUACAAGAAUGAAGGAAGGCCAGAAAGACAUCUAUUACAUUACCGGUGAAAGCAAGAAAGCUGUUGAGAACUCUCCACUCUUGGAGAGGCUUAAGAAGAAAGGCUAUGAAGUACUCUUCAUGGUUGAUGCCAUAGACGAGUAUGCUGUUGGGCAAUUGAAGGAGUACGACGGAAAGAAGCUCGUCUCUGCAACAAAAGAGGGACUGAAGCUGGAUGAUGAGUCAGAAGAGGAGAAACAGAAAAAGGAGGAGAAAAAGAAGUCAUUUGAGAAUUUGUGCAAGACCAUCAAAGAAAUUCUAGGUGACAAGGUGGAGAAGGUGGUAGUAUCCGACAGAAUUGUCGACUCACCUUGCUGUUUGGUCACAGGGGAGUAUGGUUGGACAGCCAAUAUGGAGAGAAUCAUGAAGGCUCAAGCUUUAAGGGAUAGUAGCAUGAGCUCUUACAUGUCUAGCAAGAAGACUAUGGAGAUCAACCCGGACAAUGGCAUCAUGGAGGAGCUGAGGAAGAGGGCAGAGGCCGAUAAGAACGACAAGUCGGUAAAGGACUUGGUGCUCCUCCUUUAUGAGACUGCCCUUUUGACCUCCGGUUUCAGUCUCGACGACCCCAACACAUUUGCCUCGAGGAUCCACAGGAUGUUGAGGCUUGGUCUCAGCAUUGACGAGGAUGAAACUGCAGGAGACGACGCAGACAUGCCUGCAUUGGAGGAUGCAAACGAGGAGAGCAAGAUGGAGGAGGUCGACUGAGCUUAGAUAAUAAAAUUU